AUGGCUUGGUUGACGUUGCCUGUCGACCUGCUCUCCAAAUAUCUUGGCCUAUUCACCGAUGUGUGGCUGACUCUUGUGUUUGGUUUCCUAAUUGUGCCAGCUGUAUUUGGACUUCCUUUUGGGAUCCAUAAAUACUACAUGAGGAUACUUCUCAGUAUAUUUGAGUGGACGACAUUACAAAUGGAGCAAAAGGCAAAAGAGAAGAAUCAUCAACUCUACAAACACUAUACCAACGGUAUCAUAGUCAAAGUCCCAGAUUCAACUUUGAAGCAGGAAAUUCAAGAUCUACGUCACAGUGCUGGUUGUCUGAGUCUGGAGCCACGGUUUGAACUGGCUGAUGUUUUCUUCUUCUGUCGGAAAGCUUUGGAGAACAUUAUAGAUGAUGACGUGACCAAGCGCUUCUCGGCCCAGAAGUUGGAAAACUGGAACUUGCUCACUAGGAGCAACCGCAGUUUCCACUACAUGAGUCUAAAACUUUCAGCCCUGUGGAUUAUGGGAGUUUUAAUCCGUUAUGGUGUACUGCUCCCUUUCAGAGUAACUGUGGCUAUCACAGGUAUUUUUCUGUUUAUUGUUUUAAGUACCGUGGUGGGAUUGAUACCCUGCACAAAGUUGAGAACCUACCUUAGUGACAAGGUGCAUCUGAUGGGUUAUCGCCUCUGUGUUAGAUCACUAACUGGAAUCAUCACCUAUCACAACAGGGAAAACAAACCAAAGAAGGACGGCAUCUGCGUGGCCAAUCACACGACACCAAUAGAUGGGAUCAUCCUGGCCAAUGACCAUUGCUACUCUUUGGUUGGGCAGCUACACGGAGGCUUGCUGGGAUUGAUCCAGAGAGCCAUGGUAAAGUCCUCUCCUCAUAUAUGGUUUGAGCGAGCUGAAGUCAAAGACAGACGCCUAGUGGCCAAAAGGCUCAGGGAUCAUGUUGCAGAUAAAAACAAACCUCCUGUCCUCAUCUUCCCUGAAGGUACUUGUGUCAACAACACAUCAGUGAUGAUGUUUAGGAAGGGGAGCUUCGAAAUCGGCUGCACCAUCUAUCCUGCCGCCAUUAAGUAUGAUCCUCGCUUUGGAGAUGCUUUCUGGAACAGCAGUAAAUUUGGUUUGGUGGGAUACCUUCUGAGGAUGAUGAGCAGCUGGGCCGUCGUCUGCAGCGUUUGGUACUUGCCGCCAAUGAACAGCAAGGAAGGAGAGGAUGCCAUGCAGUUCGCCAAUCGAGUAAAAGCUGCCAUAGCUGCCCAGGGAGGGCUAGUGGACCUCAUAUGGGAUGCCGGACUGAAACGAACCAAAGUGAAGGAUUCUUUUAAAGAAGAACAGCAGCAGCUUUACAGCAAAAUACUUCUGGGUGACCAUGAAAACCACAACCAUCUGGAAAGCUGAUGUCCAGACAGGAGACAAAGAAGAAAACCAGUAUAGCUAGAGGCUAUUAUCUUCUGUUUAGUAAUACAACACAUGGUGGUAAGACUCUUUAACAAACAAUGAAGGUUUUUCAAAUGAAAUUGGUUCCAGGUCAGAAAAUUUGAAGAGUUGUUAACUUAAAAGUCAAACUAUUACAAAGUAAGUCUGUGUUGGGGCGUGCUGUGGUGGCGUAGGGGAUAGCGUGACCCACAUUUGGAGGCCUUGAGUCCUUGACGUGGCCGUCGCGGGUUCGAUCCCCG